CAUACACACCUCACUCUCAUCCCACAGCCAAUAAGGGCCUGAUGAGCUCAAGUAUCAGGAGAACACAAGGACUUAUUCUCUGAGCCCAGCCUGAAGAUUCUUACAGACCUUCGUCUUCAUCGCCGCAGGAGCUUCUCGUCCUUUCUGAGGUGUGAAGUCUGCUGUCACCAUGUCUGACACUGAGGAAGUAGAUCAGCUGGAGGCCCAGGAGGAGCUAGUAGAAGUAGAAGUAGCCCCUGAGGCGGAGGCCCAGGGAGAGGCAGAGCCAGAGGUAGAGCCUGAACCAGAGCCAGAACCAGAGCCAGAACCUGAACCAGAGCCAGAGGUGGUGCAGCAAGAGGAGGAAGACGCCUAUGAAGAGGAAGAGGAGAAGCCGAAGUUCAAGCCGACCGCUCCCAAGAUCCCUGAUGGUGAGAAAGUGGACUUUGACGACAUCCAAAAGAAACGCCAGAAUAAAGAUCUGGUCGAGCUGCAGUCGCUGAUCGACGCUCACUUUGAGUGCAGGAAGAAGGAGGAGGAGGAGCUCAUCGCUCUCAAAGACAGAAUUGAGAAGCGGCGUGCCGAGCGUGCCGAGCAGCAGAGGAUCCGUGCUGAGAAGGAUAAGGAGCGGCAGGCCAGGCGGGAGGCUGAACGUCUGAGGAAGGAGGAGGCCGACGCCCACAGGAAGGCCGAGGAUGAGGCGAAGAAGAAGAUUGCGCUGAGCAGCAUGGGGUCAGGCUACAGCAGCAGCCUGCAGAGGAUUGAGCAGAAGAGAGGGAAGAAGCAGACUGAAAGAGAAAAGAAGAAGAAGAUCAUGGCAGAGAGAUGGAAACCCCUCAACAUCGAGAACUUCAGCGAGGACAACCUGAGGGAAAAAGCCAAGGAGCUGUGGGAGCUGCUGCACAACCUGGAGGAGAUCAAGUACGACCACAAUGAGGCGCUCAAGAGGCAGAGAUAUGAGGUGAUCUCUCUCAGAAACCGCAUCGAUGAGCUGCAGAAACACAGCAAGAAGGGAGCCGCCUCUCGUCGCAGGAAGUGAGCAGCCUGUCGGUGAUGGCCGGCCCAGGUGGGAGGGGUUUCUCCUGGGGAGGGUCAGCAGCUGAGACCCUGGUAGACCCUGCAGCUCCUAAAUAAAGGCAACAGCUGGCUACAGUCUUAGCGCCUGUGUCUGCUUGUGUGAAACGGUUUUCAGGAUGAAUUUAGCUCCAAUAAAGAUGUUUUCAAAAAUC